CGCGAGUACCUAGCAUGCCAUGGCUUGUGCCAUUUCAUAAUUGGUAAACGCCAUAGCGCCACACAUCCGGUUUGCACUCGCUUAGACGGAGUUGUAAUCAUGGUUACACUGAUUCCCAAGCGCUUGGAAUGUCAGCAAGGCGGCUAUGGACUCCCAGAGAACAGGGGAGCGAAUAUAAAUAAAGGGAACCCUCUUGACGAUUUGCGGCCCAAACAAAAUUCAACCAUCAGCAAGACGUCCUCAAAGCAAGAACUCGAAAGUGAAAACUAGAUUCUAUCAAUAUAUAUUAAAUCCUUCACUAAUACAAAAAUCACAUCAAGCCAGAUGGCUAAACUUUCUGAAAUCCGUUCAGUCAAUGCCUCACUGAAGUCAUCACGGUCGGGAAUAACGGCCGUGGUUGUGGGUGGAACCAACGGCAUUGGCCGGGGAUUCUUGACCGCGCUCGCCUCACAGACGGAUAACCCAAAGAUAUACGUGGUGGGUCGGAGCCCUGAGGUGCUCUCGACUAUAAUUUCGGAGCUCCAGUCGUCGAACAGCACCGGGACGUACAUUCCAGUCCAGGCCGGAGAUCUGAGCCUGCUCUCCGAGGUUGACAAAGCGACGGCGCAGAUCCUUGGCAAAGAGUCGAAAAUAGACCUCCUCUUCAUGUCGCAAGGCUUCCUAUCAUUCGGCGCUAGGAAUGAGACGCCCGAAGGUCUCGACAAGAUAACUUCUAUUAGGCACUAUGCCCGCACAUUAUUCAUACUCAACCUGCUGCCCCUGCUGAACGUCGCACCGUCGCCACGCGUCAUAUCCGUAGUCGCUGGCGGCCUCGAAGGUCCCAUCUUCCCGUCGGAUCUCGAGUUCAAAGAUCCAAAGAAUUACAGCUUGGGCAAGGUCGCCGGUGCAACGGCUAGUUAUAUCACCCUCACGUUGGAGCAGUUACAGAAGCGCAAUCCAAAGAUCAGCUUCAUCCAUGCAUUCCCCGGCCUGGUGAGAACAAAUCUCUUCAACACAGAGCAUUUCGGAUUUGCAGUCAAGUUUCUUGUAAACUGGAUUGUCCUCCCUACGGUAGGGCGUUUCCUUUUCAGCUCGGCGGAGGAAUCAGGGGAGCGUUUCUUGUAUCUGGCUUCGAGCCCAGACUUUGGAGCGCAGGAUGUAGGUAAUACCUUGGCUUUGGGAUCGAAUGGCAAGAAGGGCAGUGGUUCAUACACUGUGAAUGAGAAGCCGGAGGCUGUGCAUAAUGAUAAAGUCCUCGUUCCUCUAAGGGAGGAUGGUUCAGAUGUCAAGAUCUGGGAGCAUACGCUAGGGGAGUUGGAGAGAGUUUUACAGAGGAAGAUUUAGAAGGCAUCGGUAAUAAUGAAUCUCUAAUAUAGAAAGAAAAAAAAUUGUAUCUUUCAUCACGUUGCAUUGUUCAGAGUUCUUGUCGCUCAAGCUUAGCGACAUGCAACUUCAAAUGCCGAAAAGUAAUGUUGUGUCUCUAAUAUAGAAUACAAUUA